CGAUUCGUUCACCUAAAAGAUUCAUUCAGAAUUAAUUCAAGUACGAAAAAACACUCGCGCAUGCGCUCAGGUCUCAGUUGUCAAACGGUGGUUAUGGAGAUGAACGUAGGCAACUGCUAUAUUUGGAUCUCAGGAACGGGAUGCCUCAUAAGAUAGGCUUCACUGUGAUCAGCUGGUCUGGUCAUGAAGGAAACUACAGUGCCAAAAAGCUGAUGGUCCACGCGCCCACCGUCACUGGCUGGAGAUCCACUAGGUUCUGUCCAUUCCCUCAGGAAAUCAUUCUGGAGUUGGUUGAAAGAUGUCGCAUAAGGAAACUCCAGCUACUGGCCCAUCAGUACCUGGUCCCGUCCAAGAUCGAGUUCCACAUUGGAGAUAGACUACCAGAGUCCAGCUCACAUCAGCAGGCUAAUAUUCUCCAUAGAUUGGGGUAUGUGUCUCUGUCUGACAAUGAGAAGACUGGUUUCAAAGCCAGAGAGCUGAAGUCAGUUCAUGUUGAUGCUGUUGGGUCUUACCUGAAGCUCACCUUUCACAGAAACCAUGUUAAUCAAUACAACAACUACAAUCAGGUUGCAUUGGUGGCUCUAAAUAUUUUGGGUGACCCUGUGGAUGGAAAUGACAUUGGAACAGCACUAAGCAGAGAUCAGCUGAUUGAUCAAUAUCUAAACAACAGCCAAUACAGCUCAGCCUUGGAUGGCACAUAUACCGGGCUCUCGAGUUAUAAAUGUGAAUCUAUCUCACCCCUUGAUGACUUGGCGUUUGACAUGUAUCAGGACCCUGAGGUGGCACAUAUAAUUCGGCUGCUGGACCAGAAAAAACAGGGCAUGGUUCGGGAAGAAAGAUUUGAUGUGGCCAAAAAGCUUAAACAAGCUAUUGCAGACCUGCAAAAGGUGGGUGAACGUCUGGGCCGGUAUGAUGUGGAGAAACACAGUGCCAUAGAACGAGAGGAAUAUGACAUAGCCAAGCAGAAAAAGGAACAAAUGGAGGCUUACAGGCUUACAAUCUACCAGCAUCUGGAGCUCCACAGUCUGCUGGACAUCAGUCAAAUCCACAGAAUUUCUGAAAUUUCCAACUCUGAAUUUCCCUCUCCACGUGCUGGGACGCAGAAACACACGCCUCAUCCAGCGGACUCACCCACGAAGAGGAGACAGGGACAACAUGUGAAGGAGACAAAUGAGCAGGACACUUCAAAACCAGCCAGCCCCAAACAUUCAGUCACCCCAACACCCCUCACUCCUCCUCACGCUUCCAAAAUUGAUAUCAGCUCCCUUCCUUAUGAUGAGAGGCCUUUACCUGCUUUUAGGAAGAGGUUGAGUGAUCAACCAGUCAGUGAGCUCGACGAGAUGCCCCCUCUGACUGACACAAGCUCCCCACGUAGCCCUGAGUCCUCAGGACAACCAGAACCGCUCACAGAGAAAGCUCAGAGAGAGGCCAGUCUGCCCAUCGAGAUCUAUGGAGACUGUCUGGUGGCAGCGUCCUAUUCAAAGACGUGGUCUUACAGGGAGGAUGCUUUGCUGACAGUCUACAAGAAACUGAUGGAGGUUCCACCCGGUACCCCAAAAGCAGAACUACGGAGCAUGAUGAGAGCAGCUGUGUUCCUCUGCAAGAAAGCGCUCACAGAUAAAGUGUCAUCUGUAUUUCUUACAUCUAUGAAUCUGCUUCGAAUGAUUCUGAGUGAGUUUAUUCCCAACCAUCAGCUUGGCAAAUCUGAGAUCAGUCACUGUGUGGAACAGACUUGGAAUAAUCUGCUCUUUAGGACCGGAGACUCAACCCUGAGACUCAGAACACUUGCUGUCACCUUCAUACGGGAAAUGGCUUCAUUUAAAGAGGUGAGAGCUCUGCAGAUGGUUCCUUUGGAGCUUGUCAAGCCCAUGCAGAGCAGUGUACCCGCUAGACUGGCGCUGAGCAGACUGGAACUGUUGGAGAAGCUUCUAGAACAGCUGGGCACCAAGAAUUCUGGCUUCACCCUCGACAACGUCAUGCGGUUUCUGUCAGGUGGAUUAGAGCACAGCGCUGCCUCAGUGCGUGAACUCUCUGUGAGAGUUGUCCAGGAUAUGUACCGUCGUCACGGUAAAGCGGUUUUGAAUUAUCUUCCACCUGAUGACACCAGCACACGUAAAAACGUCCUCUACAAGAACCUUUUCGACUCGUUUACCAAGUUAGACGGAAACAACAAAAAUAUGCAGAAGACAAAAAAAGUGUCCGAACUGGAAGAUGGUGAGAGAGAGAAAGAGGAAAUCAGGAGUUUACAGGAGCAGCUUGCAGUGCUGAAGGAGAUCAGUGAGAAAGGAAAGGAAAAUUCCAAAUCACCUGAGAAAAAAACUGAGAAGGCAGCCAAAUCAGCAGUUGUUAAGAAGGUAAACCAGUCUGUCCCUGCUGAUGCGAAAGACAGCCAAUCAUCUGCAGCUAACUACUUAGACAAUCUGUGUAUUUUCUGUGGGGAGAGAGAUGCGUCAUUCACUGAGGACGGGCUCGACCUGCACUACUGGAAACACUGCCCGAUGCUGCAGCGCUGCCUUCAGUGCAGACAGGUAGUGGAGAUUGCGAGCCUGACAGAGCACUUGCUGACAGAGUGUGAGCGGAGAGCAGAUUUCACCCAGUGUCCUCUCUGCUGCGAAGCCCUUCCCCGAGAUAAGCUAACUGAGCACGCUCAGAGCACUGCAUGCAAUCCACCAGCUUCUGGAGAAAAUUGUAAUCACUGUCCUCUCUGCCAUGAAAACUUCGCCUCGGGGGAGGAGGCCUGGAAAUCUCACCUCAUGGGACCGGAGGGUUGUAAACAGAACUCACGGAGGAGAGCGGUACAGCAGAGCACUCUCUCACACGCACAAGGAAAGACGGUCAGCACAGGUGUAGCUAGGACAGCAAUGGUCAUUUCUGAGUCCAAGGUUCAAGGGCUGGCACGAGGUAGUCGCAUCCCCGCUCCUGCUUCCAGAAACAACAGACACAUCAGAAACCCUCCAGGCAAGGCCUCUACCCUCCGACUACAACAGACGUGACGCAAAGAUUGCAUCCUAACUCUAGUAGUGUUGCUGGAUGGAAUCUAAUGUAAUGUAACACUCAAAUCUACUUCAUAUCAGGAUUCAAAUAAUGCAUUAUUGCACUCUUAUUGCUGUACCGAUUUAGGAAUAUUCCUAUAAGACACAAAUAACAAUCAGCAUCAUUUUUCUGAGCACACGUUAUAUCAGUAACACCUCCUAUACAAUUUACCCACAACUGAAUGUACAAAAUCUGAAAUAUGCGUUGAUGGCUUGUAAACAAAUUGAGCAGAAACAGGUUAAUGAGCUGGUAUGCAGUUUGUGUUCUGCUCCGUUUACCUUUCCAGGUUGCUCACCUGGAUUUUGUGUGGUCUAUUUGAGAAUUUUAUUCUUGUAUAUUGUUUUAUACUUGUUUGUUUAGUGUGUGUGUGUGUGUGUGUGUGUGUUUUAUGUGAAUAUUUUGUGAUUGUAGCACCUUGAUAUUUAAUGGUUUUUUAAAGCAUUACUAGCACCCCGGCCAAAUAGCCUUUGAAAAAAAUAAUUUGGUUUCUGUCCACGAGAUUUGGACUUUGGACAGAUUCUCAUUGUAUUGGAUUCGGAUAAUGCGCUUACAUUCUCUGCGGCACUUGCCUUGAAAACAAACAAAAAUGUUUCUCUUGAAAAGGCAGAGGCUAAUUCAAUUCUCAUAUCUGCUUUGAUGCUGUUCAGAGAAUCAUGACAUGGAACAUAGAUUGUGCCAAUACAUGAGACUAAAGAGCCAAGAG